AAGUGUGUGUGUAGGUAUUGUGAUAUUGCAGCAGUUCUAUAUGUGAGUGUGUGUGUAUAGGGUGUAGAUACUGCCUUAUGACUCCAUGACUACUGUAUGAGGUGUCUCCAUGACUACUGUAUGAGGUGUAGAGUGUAUUUCCUGUCCCCUGCUGCAGAUGAGAAGAGCCCUUUUUCCCUCCAGCCCUGAAAACUCCAUCAUACUGUCAGACUCCAGUGAAGAAGAGUCCCACAGCAGGAUCCAGGAGGAGGACAGGGAGGGAGACGAGAGGGAAGAGGAGGAAGAGGAGCCAGACAGAGGAGAAGAGGAGGGAGACAGAGGAGAUGAGGAGGGAAGGAUGGCAGAGGACAGAGAUGACAGCAGUUACCAUGGCAACAGGGAUGUGGACACAUCGAUGUUUGAAGGAAGUACUCUGCCUGUCCAGUGUGGGUCUGUCGUUGGAAUACUGCAGAAAGACCGCUUUGCGUCUAGAACCACAGGAAAGUGCAUCCGCACAGAAGAGAGCUGGCUGACCCCAACAGAGUUCAUCAGGCUGAACCCUGACCUGAGAGAUGGAAUGUGGAAGAGAGACAUCACCUGCAGAGGCCAGCCCCUUGCCUACCUUUUACAGAGGAAGAUACUGCAGGUGCAUUCUCUGCUAUGCUUGUGUCCUAUGUGCAGCCACGCACAGUCCGACCUGGAACACCAGAGAAAUGAUGACCACUGUUUCAUCUGUGGAGAGCGAGGAGAGCUGCUGUGUUGUGAUGGGUGUCCCAGAUCCUUCCACAGAGACUGUCACUUACCUCCUCCUCCACCAGGAGAUGAGUGGCUGUGUACGUUCUGUGUUUUGAAGAAGAGUCAGGAAUGGCGCUACACUGGUCACAUGACCCAACGGCAGGUCCUAGACAGCAGAAUCUCAGACUGUCAGCUGCAAUGCCAGUACCUCCUCCUGUUUUUACUCAAUGCUGAUGAGCAGAAAAUCUUCAGCAGAGAUCCCUGCCCUGAUGUACCAAGGUACUCGUCAGUGGUACCGAGGCCCAUGUGGUUGGAGAAGGUGAGAGAGAACCUGGAGGGUCGCUACCGUCUGGUGGGAGAGUUCAUCUCAGACGUGCGGCUCAUCUUCAAGAACUGUGCCGUCUACAACAGGACCAAUCCUGCGUUUAAGGAGAUGGGAAUCCAACUCAGCAAUUUGUUCGAGACGGAGUUCCAAAGCACCUUCAAAAUUUGACAGCAUCUCUCUUGAAUAGACGGAGUUCCCGAAGCACCUUCAACAUUCGACAGCAUCUCUCUUGAAUAGACGGAGUUCCCGAAGCACCUUCAACAUUCGACAGCAUCUCUCUUGAAUAGACGGAGUUCCCGAAGCACCUUCAACAUUCGACAGCAUCUUUCUUGAAUAGACGGAGUUCCCGAAGCACCUUCAACAUUCGACAGCAUCUCUCUUGAAUAGACGGAGUUCCCGAAGCACCUUCAACAUUCGACAGCAUCUCUCUUGAAUAGACGGAGUUCCCGAAGCACCUUCAACAUUCGACAGCAUCUCUCUUGAAUAAGCGGAGACAGAAUAAGACUUUUUACUUUAGCACUUUCACACCUCAUAUGACACAGUCAUGUAUGAUCCGACACACACACACACACACACAC